GGGAAGGUGGAAACAUCUGCCCCCAUAGCGCAGUUAUUUCUUACAGUGGGUGGCAAGCCCGCGAAGAAUUUCACAUAUCUUUGUUUUAUGCCAAAUGUUUUAGCUGUCAGUUUUGCGUAACGAAAAGAAACAUGGCAGAUGCUGAUCUGUUUAUGGAGUGCGAGGAGGAGGAGCUGGAGCCGUGGCAGAAGAUGAACGAUGAUGUUGAGGAUGAAGAAGUCAGCACGGUAGAGAGCAAGGCCACCUCAGUGCCGGACAGCGUGACUGCCGGACCCACCUCCCUGGCCUCAGUACCUUCUUCAGCGUCCCCUAGAACACUCUCUGUUUCCAUGGCCACCCAGAUGAUGGCAUCCAAUGCCACCCCCAGUCCCACUGUCCAGAUCCACUCAAACUCAACAUGCUCCUUGUCUUCAGUGCUGCCCCCUGCUGUCGGCCAGCCCACAGUGCCGUCGUUAGUGACCCAAGGGUUACCCAAGCCUGCCCCUGGCCAGCAGCUGAUCCUGACGCAGAGUCCCGGUGGGCUGGGCGCUGUGGCUAUGUCUCACGUUCUGCAGCCUAUGCAGGUCAUGCAGGGUCCUGCACCUGGAACCAGCGCUGCCACCAACCAGCCCAUCUACUUCACCACACAGGGGUUCCCUGUCCAGAAUGUGAGGCCUGUGCAGAACCCCGUUAAUCCCCUGGGGAUCGUGUUGAACGUCCAGCCGGGUCAGACGGUCCGACCAAUCACAUUAGUGUCAGGCACACAGUUCUUCAAGCCGGCGGUGGGGGUGCCUCAGGUUGUGUCCCAGCCCGGCCCAAUACGGCCUGGGGCUCCCAUAGCUGGUCGGCCGGCUUCCACCACUUACACCACAGUUCAGAUCCCAGCCACCCUCACCAUCCGCAGUAAUACCCCCCUCAGCCACCCGGGGGCGAUGGGUCUCGCCACCGUGGUGACCUCUGCUGCCACCCAGCCUGUCCACUCUUCUGCGCUGCCCCAGAACUCCCAGUCCAAAACUGUGACCCCGUGCGGUGUGGUGGCAGUGAGGCACGGGGACGGCACCGAGGUGCAGAGGCCACCCAACGCGGCACCUGCCAUCAGCGCCCUGGCUGGCACGCCGCUACAGGCCCCUCCGGGCAUCCUGGCCAAAAUGGCGAGUGACGGCCACACCGCCUCCGCCGGGUCCUCGCCGUCACGCUACAACAACAUGAGAGUGCCCCCCCCCGCCUCUGUCCCCGGCUCCCGGCUGUGUCCUCGCUGUGGAGCCCACUUCAGGAUGGUCGAGGCCCUCCGGGGACAUAUGUGUUUCUGCUGUCCCGAGCUCACCCAGAACCUGAGCUCCACGGAGAGCCCCAUGUCCUCGGGGGUUGGUGCCGCUGCUGUCGUGCGUCCCACCGUGCCGCCGCCCCCCCAAACUAAACCCAUCCCACCUCAGAACCCCUCCGCCCCGGCCAGCCAGCUCGGCGAGGGCAGCCCGGCCGGUGACACGGAUCCCCAAGGCAGGCUGAUCAUGCUGGUAGAUGAAUUCUACUACGGCUCUUAUGAAGGCAAACGAGGCCACGCCCCCCAGGACGUCACCCGGGAGUCCGUGCAGUUCAAGUGCCUCAGCUGCUCCAAGAAGCUCAAGAACAACAUUAGGCUGAUGAACCACAUGAAGCACCACAUGGAGCUCGAGCAGCAGAACGGAGAGGUGGACACCCACACGUACUGUCAGCACUGCUAUCGCCAGUUCCCCACGCCUUUCCAGCUACAGUGCCACCUAGAGAGCGUCCACAGCAACUACGAGUCCUCCACCACGUGUAAAAUCUGCGAGUGGGCCUUCGAGAGUGAGCCGGCGUUCCUGCAGCACAUGAAGAACACACACAAACCUGGAGAGAUGCCCUACAUCUGCCAGGUGUGCGAGUACCGCUCCUCCUAUUACUCAGAUGUGUACAACCACUUCCGUACCUGCCAUGAGGACACCAAGAACCUGCUGUGUCUGUACUGCCUCAAGGUGUUCAAGAACAGCAACUCCUACCAGCAGCACUACAUCCGCCACCAGAAGAAAACCGUGUGUUACUGCAACAAGUGCCGGCUGCAGUUCCUCUUCACCAAAGACAAGAUGGAUCACAAGGUCAACCACCACAAGACCUUCCGCAAGCCCAAGCAGCUGGAGGGGCUCCUGCCAGGGACCAAGGUGACCAUCAGGGCAUACGCCGCACAAAAUAAGCCCACCCCCGGCCUCCCCCCAGCACCCCUGCCGGCCCCCCCGGUUAGAGAUGCCCCGUCUCCUGUGCACUCUGAGGGCCACCAGAAGCAGCCGCUUCCUCAGCCUCCCAUCAAGAGGAAGUCUGUCAGUAAGAUGCUGGAGCUUCUCACCAAGUUCCAGGAGCAGCGGGAGGUGCUGGGCCCACAGACAUGCCUGGAAUGUAACUACGACGUCCCAGACUUUGCCAAUCACUUCCCCACCUACGUUCAUUGCUCGAUCUGCCGCUACAGCACCUGCUGCUCCCGCGCCUACGCCAACCACAUGAUCAACAAUCACGUACCUCGCAAGAGCACCAAGUACCUGGCCUUAUACCGGAAACCAGUCCCAAGCUGGGCGAAGCUGACCUGCAGCUCCUGCAGUUACUCCACUCUGCUGGGUGACCUGAUGGCCAAGCAUCUGGUCCAGUUCCCCAGCCACAGCUACAGCCUCUGCUCCUUGAAAGAACGUCUGGAGUCGGAUAUUGAAUGUCCUGAGGUUGAGGAGGAUGAUGAUGAGGAGGAACCGGGAGGGGAAGCAGGGAGUGGAGGUGGGGACAAGCCAGACUGGUCAGCCGCGGACAGCUGGGGCAAGCCAGAAGAGGGCACUGCAGUGCAGGAGUUCGCGGGCGAACAUGGCCCCGCCCACUCGCUGGCUAAGAACGCUGACGCCAUCGACUUCUUCCAUCUGCUCUUUCCCACGUCCUUCCUGGACGUUAUCGCCAAGGAGACAAACGCCUUCGCCACGUACAGCCAGGUGAUGGGUCAGGGUGAUCCCGACUGGGUCCCGGUCACCGUGAGCGACAUCCAAGGGUUUUUGGGCCUCAGUAUCCUGAUGGGCCUGCAGAGCCUCCCGGAAAUAGAAAUGUACUGGUCCGGACAGCACCAUGAUAACUGGCAGACGUUCCUCAAGACGAUGGCACCUGAGCGAUUCCGGCAGAUUGGCACGCACUUCCGCGUGGCUGGCUACAGCGAGGACGAGCAGGACUAUCUGGACAAGCUGCGCUUGAUCAGGCCCAUUCUGGAGGUUUUGGACUCCACUAUGUGGGAGGCCUACAAGCCUAAAAAGUGUCUCACCAUUGACAGGGCCCUCCUGCCAUGUCUGGAGACUGACGGCGCCAAAGAGAGGCGGAGCAUGGGUCAGCCACAGGUGUGGCUGCUGUGUGACUCGAAGUCUGGGUACUGCCAUCGCUUGAUUGUCCGGAAUGAAUGUCGUGGGCAAAAGAAGAGUAAGGAGUUGGGCUUCAGGGUGGUGCUGCCCCUGCUGGAAGGCCUCCAGGGCAAACACCAUCAGGUGUUCCUGGCCAGCUCCCUGACCACUGUUCCUCUCGAGCUGCGGUUGCUCGAGUGCGGUACCUACUGCAGCAGCUCCUUCCCCCCUGAAAGUUCCAUAUUCCCCAACGGCCUGUGGGCACAGGCCAAGCUGGAUAAUCCAGGGGAUUUCCUCCAGCUUCAGUGCGGCCCCCUGCUGGCCACGCGCUGGAAGGACAGCAAGGAGAUGUGCUGCCUUUCCACCAAUGCCGCGCCGGGGCUGCCCGACACCGUGUGGAGGAAGUCCCGUGCCAAGGCGGGCGAGUUGGAACCCAUCGAGCGGCCCCAGGCCUUCCAGCUUCUGCAGGAGAACAUGCGAGGUGUGGACAUCUGUAACCAGCUGCAGGCCUGUAAUCCGGUGGGGGGCCUGACCUGGGACACCCGGUGGCGCUGCCUCCUCUGGUUCCUCCUGAACCUGGCCGUGAUCAACUCCUUCAUCAUCCUCCGGGAGACCAUGAAGGAGAGCCCCCCCUGGUGGCUGGAGGACGGUCACUUCUCGCAGGCCCGUUACCGCAAGCGCCUGGGCUUCCAGCUGGCGAAGUGUGCCCAGCGCGCGGCCCGGCUCCACUUCAGCGCUGCCAGGCAGGCGCCGUCGCCCCCCCCGGGCCACAGGCUGGUCAAGGUCUCGCUGAAGACCAAGCGGUGCAAAAACUGCAGCCUCAAGAACUUGCGUCACGAGAGCGUGUUCGGCUGCUCGGAGUGCGGCGUGAACCUGUGCAAGGGCGACCGCUGCUUCCGGGAGUAUCACAGCCUCCCGGCCCGCAGAAAAGGUCCUUCCACACAGACGCUCCGUCACAUACGAUCCCCAAAGCUUGGAUAUGUUAUGGAAAGGCAGAGGCACCCAUUGCCACAGAACAACAGCAGCAGCCAGCCAAGUGUAAGGCCAACAUUACACACGAUUCCUCCCGCAAGUCCUUCCCUGCAUCCCCCCACAAAUGUGGGCAAAGAUCUAGACCAGGAAACAACUCCAGGGAAGCACUUGGAUGUAAGCCUGAAAUAUGUGGCAAGGAAGGAGGCAUUGCCGACAAAUGAGCAAGAAGCAAGCUCAAAGAACGCAACUGAUGCUUCCCAUGGCAAGGAACUUAAGCCGGUGUCUUCUGCAUCUACUGUAGCCCCUGUCAAGCCUGCAGUAGAUGUAGCAGGGAGGAAGGAGCGGGAGGAGAACCUCUCAGUGCGUCAGCUGAGAAUCGUACUCUUUGCUCUCUGCUGCGGCAUCCCCCAAGCUGCCGAACAUUUCAGCACUCAGCCGCAGCUCAUUGAGACCUGGCUGUUAGAGAAGGAACGCCAGCUUCGGCGAGAGGGCCGACCCAGUUCCGGGGGGGGUGGCGAGGCUGUGGAUCGCCUGGUGGAGUGGGUGUUGGCUCAAAGGGAGCAACAGCUCCCCGUCACUGAGAAAAGUCUCUUCCAGAAGGCCUCGGAGAUCCAUAGGCAUGCCAACCCCAGCAGCUCUUUCCGUAUCUCCUACGAGUGGGCUGUGGGCUUCAUGCUCCAGAAUGACCUCGGCCUGAGACCCACAGACAUGGUGGGCCGUCGCCUGCCUUGGAGCAUGGAGGAUAAUGCCCAGGGCUUUACCAAGUUCGUCCACAAGCAGAUCCAGGUUCAGAAUUUUUCCCCCUCCGUCAUCUGUGCCAUGGAUGAGCUCUCGGUCUUCGUGGACCUGGAUCUCCUGGGAAACCCUGUCACCGUGGGCAAAGAGGCCGCGUUCCAGCUAGUAGGGACCGGCGAGUCUCUGUGCGACAUCUUCUUGGCCAUGCUAGCUGAUGGAAGACUGCUGCCAACCAUGGUCUUCUUCAAGGGCCAGCUACCGGGGCGGCUGCGUACCAACCUGCCUGAAUCCAUCCUGUUCGAGGCCAAAGCGGAGGGCUUCACAGAGGAUGAAGAGCUAGAGCUUUGGAUCUCUCGGGUGUGGCAGAAGUACAUGAACUCGCAGGGAGAGAGCAAGGCCAUGCUCAUCAUGGACCCAUUCCGUAGCCACUUAUCAGACGUCCCCUUGGCCUCCUUCAGUGCCGCCAACACUUUGCCAACUGUCAUUCCAGAGGGCUGUACCUGCCGCCUCCAGCCUCUGGAAAUGUGUGUGUGGCCCGUCUUGCAGGCGUUCCUGCAGGCCCGCUGGACUCGGCUAGUUGCCCAGGGUGGGGCUGCAGGUGCCAGUGACAAAGACCUGGUCCAGUUGUUGAUGGCCUGGCUGGUGGAGGCACUAACGUGCCUGAAAAGCUUGCCUGAUCUUCUUCGGCGCUCGUUUCAUGUGGCCCGGGUCCUCCCAGGGAUGACCGGUGAUGCUGCUCCAGUGGAGGAACAGAGGGAGAUGGUGUGCAAGCUGACGGAGGCCCUCCUGGGUCCCGAAGCACUCAGGACAACAUCGGCGGCACCCAGGGAGUCAGAGACAAAUUCAGGUCCAGAGAAUGAGAGCAAAUUGCAUGGUGAGGAUGAAGAGGAUGGAAGGGAAGUGGACAAAAAGCAGGAGGCAGCAGGAGAGGUUGGAAUGGAAGUGACAGAGGUUCAAAUGAAUGAGGAGCAUUUGAAGAAAUAUGAAGAAUUUGGUGCGGUUUUGCCUCCCGGCUCCCUUGUCCCAGCCAAUCCCCAGGUGUUGCACCAGAUCUUUGACAAGGACAGUGAUGCUGAGUCCUUCCAUGGGUUUGACGACGCUGAAUUUGGCCCUGAGCAGGAACCUGAAGAUGCCUCCUCACCUGUUUAGCAACAUGGCCGCUACUUUUGCCUCAACUAUACAGCUUACAGGAAACUUAAAGCAGGGACAGAUGGAGCAGACUAACCCUUUUCUGUUUUCCUCUCUCACAGCUGGUUAUUGCACCAGUCCCUGAAUGACAAGCCUUAAGAACGAAAAGCUCUGGCUUUGCUGAGUCUCUAGUGAAGCAAAAAACUAGGGCUGAGGGGAACAUGAACCACGUUUGUUUGUCGGUGUUUUGGUCUUUGGCACUUAAGGGCAAGAAGCUUUUAAAAGAAAUGCAAUGCUUUUUGCAGAGUUCUGCUGUACACAUUAAAAGUAUGAUGUGUAAUAAUCUUUCUUAUGUGACGUUAUUACUAAAAUCGAGUUUUUCAGAUGUGAACUGCAGUUGUGUCAUAGUAUGAUGCUGGUUUUUAGUGACGGUCUUUCAGGUCCUUAGAAAGGCUAAACUGUCCAUUCUAAGUUUGAAGACCAAUGUUUCUAUAUAGUUUGAAAAUAUUUUAUUUAUUCUAGCAAUUUAGUUUGCUGCAGGUGGCUUGUCUUGGGGUGGUUGGGUGCUUCCAUUCUGUACAGAUCCAGCUGUUUUUCAUUGAAUAUGAAGAAAAAAGCUCUGGUCGCAUAUACUGUGAUUGUGGUUUAGAGUUUAUUUAUGUUGCAUUUGAUCAGUAUGUCGUUUGACUCAUUUCAGCACCAUUGAUGGGAAAAAAAAAAAUUGGAGUGUGAAGGAGAGCUUGCGUUUUGUAACUGAAACAAGCAGUUUAAAGCCAGGCACAAACAUUGACGAAUUGACUGGCAGCUUGUUUCUUUUUGGUAACGUGUGAUUAGUAUAAUACUGCAGAGUGACUGCAUGAAUAGUCAUUCAGUGGCUGUGGCCUUGCACUAAUUUAAACGAACAGCUCGAUCAUUUGUGACGAGCAGACCUAUAUCGAGUGUGGUGUUUUGCAAAGCCAAGUAUAGCGUAAGAUAGAAACAUUUUUAAAAAUGCAUUGACUCUGCCAGUUUUUUGGCAGCUUAUAGGAUAACUUAUUUCUGCAUUUUUAGUGUAAUCGGAAGAUUCUUUGUGAGAAAGAAUGUUUCUUGCACAUAUCAUUGCUUAAGUUGGUCUGAGAGAUGUCAGUGUGUGACAGAGUCUAUUUGCACCAGUCUGGAAAUUGAUGAAUAUAGAGGGAAUUUAUCUCUCAAAAAUGAUGUGAAAAGUGCUAGCUACCUCAGGAGUGUAUCCAUGGUACGAAAUGGCUCUUCUGCUCCCAAAACCAGAUGGAACUGAGGUUCCAUGAUGAUGUGGUCAAGGACCUUCAUCAUGAGACGCAUCCAGAUCUUCCACAGGUGAGAAGCAGGCUUGGUGAAGUGCUGUUCUUUGUCAUGUAAAGAACUGAUUCAUAUUAAACUGAGAUGCUUGUCAAAGAUAUGGAGCAUAAAAUGGAUAUUUGUAACGUCUUUACACUUCAGACUCAUUCCUCAAUGGAUCUGUGUAACUUUUUAAUGAGGUUUAAAGACAAAGUACAGCAGUUGGGUUAUUUUCUAAAUUGGCAGGGUUUUGUAUUCCGUCUUUCAUUCUCAGCCAGUUUUUUUUUUACUAAAAAUG